AAACCAGGACAUUCAGAAAAACCUUUAAUCAUCUCUACAAAUACAGUUGACUGGAGGAUGACCUCAGACGAUUCCACUGAACGUCUGCAGACUGACAAAGAGUUUGCCCAUAAUGCCACAACCCAAUGGGAGAGUCCAUCAGUAGCAUCGCACAGCAUCACCAGCAACCAUCCCGUUACAGAGGCUCGAACAGUGCGAGAGGUUCCCGUAACGGAUCUGAGAGACGUUGACACCACCGACUCGGUCUCUCACACUGAUAGCACCUACAUUUCCACAACCAACCGAGUCAGGGAACGCACACUGCUCUCUGUGACCUCCAACAGCACCUCUGCGUACACUGAGGACUCCAACUCCUCUGAUGCUGUCUCUCAAACUUCCAAAUGGGAAGUAAGAGCGUCGGGAGCCACCCAGGGCAAGGAGGAAACCGUAGAAGAUGUAUCUACAUUGUCUGAACAGACUGAGCCCACUUUUGAAGAUCAUAAUGCCACCAAUGCAACUCAAGACCACUCUUUGGAGACCGAGUGGUCAACGUUGUCCCACGGCACUGAGUCACAGACGGGACAAUCUAAUGUCACAGGACAGACCUUUGAGCAGGUGUCUGAUAAUGACAAUACAAAUUCAACACCCCCUCUUACAAUGAUCAACAGAGAUAAAGGGGAAGUGGACACCACAUAUGUGACUAGUGGGGCAUCUUAUACAGAAACCAGUGACUCCGUGUCAUCUAUCCCACCUUUUACCUCCGGUGAACACAAUGCCACUAGCACAUCCCAACAGAGCCGUGAUUCCACAGUGACUUAUCCCCUGGAUACUGAUGCUUCCACUGAGUUUUCUACUGGAUCUGUCAGCUCAACUGGCCAUGAGGAACCCGAAGGGUCUCCAGCCCACACAGUGGAGGAGACAACAAUUCAGGGCGUGACCACUGCACCCCCAGUGCUCGAAGAUGUAGCCACCACAACUGGUGACUCAUUUACGAAGUUCGUUGCUGGCAAACCACCCUUCGUCCCAAAAACUGAUGAUCAGACCAACACAGAAGUGGUGCCAACAUCUGCCAUGCCAGCAACUCAGAGGCCACAGGUUACAGAGGAAGCCACUGAUGAGGCAUCUACUUUUUACAGUUCUACCAACACUUUCACUACAAUGAUUCCUCCCGUCACCACCCGUCGGCUCCAAACAAGCACCACACCGCAAGCCCAAACCGAACACACUACCAUCGUUACCACAGAUGUUGUUCAGGUGCUGUGGACGACACCCACCACAGCCCAGCUUCCGCUUACCUCCCCUACUGGUGGACCUCAGGCAUCCAGUACAUCUGAUUCUGCUGACGUCACCACCUUGCACUUAGAAACCAGCACGGCAACGCCAGGGAACACUACUGCACAUGGCAGACGUGCAACAACACCUUACAGCAAGAGCACCUCGACCAAGACCACUGUGGUGGUAACCACCAGGAAUCACACGGACAGAAGCACCACAGAGAUGGGAACGACGACCACGCAGAUGCCUUUUAGGUCAACAGCAUCACCAGAUUGUGUGUGUGGGCCUCAAACUUGUGCAAAUGGAGGCAGCUGUGUUAGAUCAGCUAAAGGAAGUUACCACUGCCAGUGUCUGCCUGCAUGGACAGGACCCUUCUGCACGGAAGAUGUGGAUGAGUGUGUGAGAAGUCCGUGCCCACAGGGUUCAGUGUGUGUCAACACAGGUGGCUCUUUCAGCUGUGAAUGUGCCCUGGGCUUUGACUUGGAGGAUGGCCGAAGUUGUACACAAGUGAAGACAUUUUUGGGCACUUUCACCGUCAACAGCUCAGUGCAUCUCAGAAGUUCAGGUCUGCAUGAGCUACACAGAGAGAUUUUACAGCUGCUCAAUGCCUCGCUCUCCAUCUUCCAUGGUUACCGACGCUCCACUUUGGGUAAAAGAGAUGGAGAAGGUGUGCAGAUCUUAGCAGUGAACAUGUUUUCACUCCCCACCAAUGUGACCAGCACGGAUGUCUACAACAGCAUCCAGAUGUCCCUGAGCAACUGUAGCCGGACGUACUCCCACUGCACCAUUAAGCUUCAGCACCAUCUCUCCUAUCACGCGGAGAGCCUGUGUUUGGCCCAGAACACCAAGUGUGAUUCGCAGUCCUCUGUGUGCACGGACACUAGCGGAACCCCAUACUGUCAGUGCCACCCAGGAUACUUUAAAAAGAAUCCAGGGGACAUGACCUGCAGAGACUGUGGAGAUGGACACAAACUUGUUAAUGGCAGCUGUGUUGAGUGCAUGUUUGGAUUUGGAGGUUUCAACUGCAAUAAUUUCUAUAAGCUGAUAGCCGUGGUGGUCUCUCCUGCUGGAGGAGCUCUUCUGUUGAUUGUCGUCAUUGCCCUUGUAGUCACCUGCUGCAAAAAGGACAAAAAUGACAUCAACAAAAUGAUUUUCAAAAGUGGAGAACUUCAGAUGUCGCCCUACGCAGAGUUUCCUAAGAGUAAUCGAGUGUCUAUGGAGUGGGGCCGAGAGACUAUUGAGAUGCAGGAGAACGGCAGUACCAAAAAUCUCCUGCAAAUGACAGACAUUUAUUACUCGCCUGCAUUGAGGAACUCUGACCUGGAACGUAAUGGUCUGUAUCCGUUCUCCGGCCUCCCCGGUUCGAGGCAUUCCUGCAUCUACCCAGCUCAGUGGAACCCUUCCUUCAUAAGCGAUGAUUCACGGCGAAGGGACUACUUCUGACAGCCUUACCCAGCAGGUGUGCAAUUUGAUACUGCAUAUAAGCUCUCUCUGUAUGGUUGGACCUGUCGCAGAUCUUGGAGCUGAAUACUGACCACUAAAGGCCUUUGAAUGUGAAAAUGAGCUGGCAGGAAAAGACCAUUAUCUGUGAGACUGGAAGAAAGCCACAGAGGCCUGUCGGGUUCAAUUUAGCAUUUGAACAGUCCCACAGUAAGACAUUAGUUUCUGGUGUGGAGCUGAUGAACUGAUGUUCUCGUAGCUCCUCGCAGAGCGUUUAUACUUAAGUGGAAGUCAGUGAAUUUAGAAUAACACAUAAGAUGCCUGAGCUACAGUAUAACUAUUAUAUUAUAAAAGUUUGCACUAUGAACUCCUCAAACAGAUAUUAUCUCAAAUGGAAAAAGCCAUAAAUGUAUCAUAUUUAUACUUGGAAUAAUGUACCCAACUUGUUUGUACUGAGUUUUGUGAGUGAUGGGGUAUCUAGAUGUCUGUUUGUGUAUGUUAAUCAAACGUUGGUUAAAGGGAUAAGGGAUAGUUCACUCCAAAAUGAAAAUUCUGGUAUCACCUGAAAAUACCUUUCAUUCCUCGGUGGAACAACAAAGGAUGUAUUUAAAACAUAACGUCAAAGCUGCUCUUGUCUUGACUAUAAAAUCUUUUCAGACUCUUUCUCAUAACAUAUGGAUUCAGAAGACAUGGAUUAUACUGCAUAAGUCUUAUUGACAAUUAUCAGGAUGUUUUAUGGUGCUUUUUGGAGCUUAACAGCCUCUGGUCCCCAUUCACUGGUCCCACAUUAUAUGGAAUAGAGCAGUGUGAACAUUGUUUAAAACAUCACCUCUUUUGUUCCGUGUUACAAAAGUUGUUACAUGUAUUUGGAACAAUAUGAGGCCAUUAUAACAUUUUUGGGGUAACCCAUCCCUUUAAUGCUUUAUCUGAGAAAUGUGAGAUUUACGCUGGAGAAUUAAACCUGUGUGAAAGCUGGUAGGACAUUGAAACACAAUAUUACUGGAUGCAGCAUUCGUGUGAAAUGUAGCAAAUUUUGCCACAAGGUAUUACCGUUUGUUUGAACAACAGUAAUAAUCAUAAAACGUAGUGCUGCCUUGUCUGUUUCCUAAUUUAUUUUAUUUAAGUUUUGUGUUUCAGAUAAAGAUACUGUAGUAUUAUCUGAGGACCUCCAAUGUGUUUGUAUGGAUGCUUGGUGGUGCAUGAGACGGACUUGACCUGGUUCCAGGUGUCCGUUUUAUUUUAUCUAAUGUGUGUUCUUGUGAGAUGUGCUUUAUUUGUAAUCUUUAAUAUCAGAGACUGCUUUCCUCGUUAGCAUUUCCCCCUCCUCUGUGGAUGGACACUUGAAU